AUGGAGAAAUCAUUGUGUGAUGAAAUGGAGGAAAGGUGCAAAACAAGGCAUUGUCGUGAUGGUGGUCAAGGAGAAGAAAAUGGUCUUACACAAUUGUCAUAUCCUCAAGGAGUCGUUGUCGAUCAAUUAGGCACUGUCUAUGUGGCUGAUGGUGGCAAUAAUCGAAUCAUGCGUUGGCCCAAAGGAGCCAGACAGGAAAGCGUCAUUGUUGGUGGACACGGUGAAGGAGGACAAUCGAAUCAACUGAAUAGGCCCAUCGGUUUGUCAUUUGAUCGACAUGGCAAUCUCUAUGCCGUCGAUUUUGGAAAACAUCGAGUACAAAAAUUCAAUAUUGAAUAA